GAGACAACUAGGCACAGUUUAGCACACUGACACAGCAUACCGUCGGCCCCGCUGUAAGUGAUGCCGCACUAAGGAACACUUUCACCCAAACUCCUUUGGGGGACAGAACACUACCCAGGCUACAGUUCAUUUAUGUGUUAUUUUUUUGUUGUUGCUGUAUAAUAACCUUUACAAAAAUGAAAACAGUGCUGUCAGAAUUGAAGUUUUCAGACAUCGUACCAAACUGUUUCCUUUUUGCGCGUUCUUGGAUGGAAGUUUAUGCGCUUGUUAAAAAGCUUUAACACAUGCUGAGUGAAACGAUCUUCCAUACAAGCGGUUUUCACCGUUUAUAUCAAGAGAAAACAUUUAAAACACACACACACACACACACACGUAGGGCUAGGGCUAUUUCAUGUGACUCAAUCAACUUGGACCAUCAGCAUCUCUCCUGCCGCCCGUAAUUGAACCACGCUUAACUCAAGAUAUCUGAAGAGGAAUUACGUCGGCUCUUCGAGUUACAAAGUUAUUCUGCAAGCAAUGCUUUUUUUGCCUUUCGAAUGUGGACCAUAGACUUUUUAGGACAUGGAUCAUUUUCUGUAGCGGAUAACCCUAUUGAUUUGCGUUUUAUUUGAUUCCCGCUACCAGAACAGGAUCUUUUUCUCUCCCCUAUUCCACUUCAGUGUAAUUCUAUGGCACUUCUUCUAAAGCAGUGAUGUCGCUACGUGACGGGAAUUGCGAUUGAUUUUACAUAUUCUGUUUCAAAGGGAUAUAAGAGUUGCAUCCUUACAAGGAAAGCUCCCAUCCUCUAUGAUAAUGGACUUAGCAGGUCAGGCUCAUGUGUUGGUGGUGUUGCUCACCUGCCUGGUCAUGCUGUCCUGGGCCCAAGAGAAGGACUACACGGUGAGGGAGGAGCAGCCCGAGAACGUCCGCAUCGGGAACCUCCGGAAGGACUUGGACCUGAACCUUGACCCUGACUUCAAGCUGACCUCGCCACUGCAGUUUAAGCCUGUCUACAAAACGGGCGAUGUGCCUUUGGUGAGGGUAGAGGCCAACACCGGGGAGAUCUUCACCACGGCUCACCGCAUCGACCGCGAGAAGCUCUGCUCGGGAGUAUUCAACGAGAAGCGCUGCUUCUACGAGAUCGAGGUCGCCGUUCUGCCUGACGAGAUCUUCCGUCUGGUCAAGAUCCGGUUCCUGAUUGAGGACAUCAAUGACAACGCUCCACUCUUCCAGUCCACCGUAAUAAACAUCUCCAUCCCAGAGAACACGGCCAUCAACACCCGGUACCCCGUGCCCUCUGCAUUUGACCCAGACGUGGGGAUCAAUGGGAUCCAACACUAUGAACUUGUCAAGAGUGUGAGUGAGUUUGGCCUGGACAUCAUCGAGACCCCAGAGGGAGACAGAUGGCCUCAGCUGAUCGUCCAGCAGAGCCUGGACCGCGAGCAGAAGGACACCUUCGUCAUGAAGAUCAAGGUGGAGGACGGAGGAACGCCACCCAAGUCCAGCACGGCCAUCCUGCAGGUUACCAUCUCCGACGUCAACGACAAUCGACCGGUCUUCAAGGACAGUGAGGUGGAGGUGAACAUCCCCGAGAACGCCCCCAUAGGAACCUCUGUCACCCAACUCCACGCCACAGACGCUGACCUCGGCUCCAAUGCCCAGAUCCACUUCUCCUUCUCUAAUCAGAUUUCCUCAUCCACCAAGAGGCAUUUUUCCAUCGACAGCACCACCGGGCUGAUCACUGUCAAGCAGCCCUUAGACCGGGAGGCCACUCCAGUCCACAAACUCAUUGUCCUUGCCAGCGAUGGCAGCUCCACCCCCUCCAGAGCUGCUGUUAUCGUCAACGUAACGGACAUUAAUGACAAUGUUCCGUCCAUAGACACUCGGUACAUAAUGAACCUUGUAAAUGGAACUGUUCUACUGUCAGAGAACGCACCUCUCAACACAAAAAUAGCCCUAAUUACAGUGACGGACAAGGACUCUGAUCUGAACGGAAAAGUGACUUGUUAUACUGACCACGAUGUUCCUUUCAGGUUAAAGCCCGUCUUUAAUGACCAGUUCCUGCUGGAGACUGCGGCCCCCCUAGAUUACGAAACAACCAGGGAAUAUGCAAUUAAGAUUGUAGCGUCGGAUUCUGGGAAGCCUCCUUUGAACACUUCAGCGAUGGUUUUAAUUAAAAUUAAGGAUGAGAAUGACAACGCUCCCAUCUUCCCUCAGCCUGAGAUUCAGCUGUCCAUACCAGAAAACAAUGAUCCAUCCACGCAGCUCAUAAAGAUCAGUGCCAUGGAUGCAGACAGCGGACAUAAUGCAGAGAUUAUUUAUUCUCUUGGCCCUGACGCUCCUGAUGGGUUUAACAUAGAUCGACGAUCAGGUAUCCUCUCCGUUGGAAAACGCCUGGACAGAGAGAAGCAGGAGAAGUAUUCGUUCACUGUCAUGGCGAGGGACAAUGGGUCUACUUCCCUGCAGAGCAAUGUCACAGUGAGGUUAAUAGUGCAGGACCUCAACGACAACAGCCCAGCUUUCACCCAUCCUGAGUAUAACUUCUACGUGCCUGAGAACCUGCCUCUGUACGGGACCGUGGGUCUGAUCACCGUCACAGAUUCUGACGCAGGUGACAACUCUGUCAUAACACUGUCCAUCCUGAACGGGAAAGACAAUUUCAUUAUUGAUCCCCAGACCGGUGUGAUCAAACCCAACAUCACGUUUGAUAGAGAGCUGCAAAGCUCAUACACUUUUAUGGUGAAGGCUAUAGACGGAGGGCAACCACCCAGCACUUCAUACGCCAAGGUCACCAUAAACGUUGUGGAUGUCAAUGACAAUCGACCCGUUUUUGUUAUCCCCUCAUCCAACUACUCUUACGAUCUGGUCCAGUCUACCACCAGCCCUGGGUCUGUGGUCACCAGAGUGUUUGCUAUAGACAAUGACACUGGCAUGAAUGCUGAGCUGCAGUACAGUUUCAUUGGGGGAUCACCAAGAGGGCUGUUUGCCAUAGACAAAACAACUGGUAAUAUAACUCUGCAGGAGAAGAUAGUCUCAGCCGAUCAGGGUUUACACAGGCUAGUGGUGAAAGUCAAAGACCUGGGCCAGCCAGAGUCCUUACACGCAAUCGCCCUCAUUCACCUGUUCAUUAACGAGACUGUAUCCAACGCUACGUUCAUUCAAGAGCAGCUACGUAAGAGCUUGGAGACUCCAUUGGACCGUAACGUGGGAGACAGUGAGGUCACACCCCAAGCCAACGGAUACGUGAUUGUUGUCAUCGCAAUUAUAGCUGGGACUAUGACAGUCAUCUUAGUCAUCUUCGUGACGGCCUUGGUGCGCUGCCGUCAGACGCCCAGGCACAAAGUGGUGCAGAAGGGCAAGCAGAGCGGCGAGUGGGUGUCGCCCAACCAGGAGAACCGUCAAAUCAAAAAGAAAAAGAAGAAAAAGAAGAGAUCCCCUAAGAGCCUCCUCUUGAACUUUGUCAGCAUAGAAGAAUCCAAGCCUGAUGAUCCCAGCCAGGAGCACAUUAAUGGAACCCUGGACCUGCCUGUGGAGCUAGAUGAGCAGACCAUGGGGAAAUACAACUGGGCCACUACGCCGACCACCUUCAAACCUGACAGCCCAGACUUAGCCAAGCAUUACAAGUCUGCCUCCCCCCAGCCAACCUUCCAAAUCAAACCAGAGACCCCGAUGGCGCCCAAUAAACACCACGUGAUUCAGGAGCUCCCGCUAGACAACACGUUUGUGGUGGGCUGUGACUCGCACUCCAAGUGCUCCUCCACCAGCUCAGACCCGUACUCGGUCUCAGAGUGCAGCUGUCAGGGGGGAUUCAAGACUCCUGGGCAAAUCCACACCAGACAGGAGACGGCACUGAAACCACCACUCUAUGGCACACUCUGUGGCUCAGGUACAAGUCGCUGCCACAGGAUAAAAAUCAAUCUCUAGCUGCCAGUACCUAGAGAGAGAAAGAGAGAGGGAGAGAGAGAGAGAGAGGGAGGAAGGCACAGACGAAGAGGUGAAUCUCAUACUAUACAGUCUCUACAGUCUACAAAAACACCAACCAACAAAAAAGGAAUAUGUUAAUUUCGUUGAUUUAAUUUUUUGUUUGCCGAUAAAGAAAAAAAGUAGAAUUUGAAUAAUUUUCACAGAAAUUAAGACACAUUGUUGCCUGCCUGAAACUUGACAAAAACUCUCCGUGUGAAUCCUGUAGGAGGUUUGAAAUACAUUAUAGAAAGCCACCAUUUACAGUAUCUCUUAUUAUAUCUAUCUCCUAGACGAUGACUCACGAUAUAACCCACCCCCAUGUAAACAAAACAUACAGUACAAAUACAAUGAAUAUCUCUUCUGUACUUUAUUCUGUUACGUUUCUGUUUAUAUGUAUUUAUUUAUAUUUAUCACAGAAUUGACUAUGUUUAUAUUUAUUGAUUAUGUUUGACUAAAGUUUACAUACCUGGUGUCUGUUUUUAUGUUGUUGUUUUUUUCCUUCAUUUUUGGGCUUGCUUAUGGAUAUACUGACUGGCUAUGUGUAAUGCUGCAAGCUAGACCUACUGCUAAUGGGCCUACUGCUAAUGGGCCUAGUGCUAAUGGGCCUACUGCUAAUGGGCCUACUGCUAAUGGGUCUACUGCUAAUCGGCCUACUGCUAAUGGGUCUACUGCUAAUGGGCCUACUACUAAUGGGCCUACUGCUAAUUGGCCUACUGCUAAUGGGUCUACUACUAAUGGGCCUACUGCUAAUGGGCCUACUGCUAAUGGGCCUACUGCUAAUGGGCCUACUACUAAUGGGCCUACUACUAAUGGGCAUACUGCUAUUGGGCCUACUACUAAUGGGCCUACUACUAAUGGGCCUACUGCUAUAAUGGGCCUACUACUAAUGGGUCUACUGUGGAUGGGUCUACUGCUAAUGGGUCUACUGCUAAUGGGUCUACUACUAAUGGGUCUGCUGUGGAUGGGUCUACUGUGGAUGGGUCUACUGCUAAUGGGCCUACUGCUAAUGGGUCUACUACUAAUGGAUCUACUACUAAUGGGUCUACUACUAAUUGGUCUACUGUGGAUGGGUCUACUGCUAAUGGGUCUACUGCUAAUGGGUCUACUGCUAAUGGGUCUACUGCUAAUGGGUCUACUGCGGAUGGGUCUACUGCUAAUGGGUCUACUGCUAAUGGGUCUACUGCUAAUGGGUCUACUGCGGAUGGGUCUACGUAUACGAAUGUUCUUCCCAUGUCACCAUGUACCUUUAUGUCAAUGAUCGCCUCGUAUCGUCCCAUACACUUACAGUGCCACAGUUAGUGUUAGUGGUGAAGUGUGUGGCUGGUGUUAAUAUACAUGGCCCACUGGACUGGAACACCACAGCUGGUGUUAGUAGUGAAAAGUGUGGCUGGUGUUAAUAUACAUGGCCCACUGGACUGGAACACCACAUUGUGGUGAUUUACCAGGACUAGGAGGACUGUGUCUACUGAUUGCCUCCGUAGGACAGUAGGGAAUUGUACCUCAUAAUAGAGAGGAUGAGUUUAAUACUUUGAGCUAAGCCACAAUCACAAGGGACCCGAAAGGCUCUGUUCAUAAUCAAAAGCUGUUCUAUGUAGGACUAAACAGAUGAGCGCCAUGGUUUAACCUGAGUGUACUAGAGUCAGAUAGACCGAUUCACAGUAGAGCACCAUGGUUUAACCUGAGUGUACUAGAGUCAGAUAGACCGAUUCACAGUAGAGCACCAUGGUUUAACCUGAGUGUACUAGUGUCAGAUAGACCGAUUCACAGUAGAGCGCCAUGGUUUAACCUGAGUGUACUAGAGUCAGAUAGACCGAUUCACAGUAGAGCACCAUGGUUUAACCUGAGUGUACUAGAGUCAGAUAGACAGAUCACAGUAGAGCGCCAUGGUUUAACCUGAGUGUACUAGAGUCAGAUAGACAGAUCACAGUAGAGCACUAUGGUUUAACCUGAGUGUACUAGUGUCAGAUAGACCGAUUCACAGUAGAGCGCCAUGGUUUAACCUGAGUGUACUAGAGUCAGAUAGACAGAUCACAGUAGAGCACUAUGGUUUAACCUGAGUAUACUAGAGUCAGAUAGACCGAUUCACAGUAGAGCACUAUGGUUUAACCUGAGUAUACUAGAGUCAGAUAGACCGAUUCACAGUAGAGCGCCAUGGUUUAACCUGAGUGUACUAGAGUCAGAUAGACAGAUCACAGUAGAGCACUAUGGUUUAACCUGAGUGUACUAGUGUCAGAUAGACCGAUUCACAGUAGAGCACUAUGGUUUAACCUGAGUGUACUAGUGUCAGAUAGACCGAUUCACAGUAGAGCACUAUGGUUUAACCUGAGUGUACUAGAGUCAGAUAGACCGAUUCACAGUAGAGCGCCAUGGUUUAACCUGAGUGUACUAGAGUCAGAUAGACCGAUUCACAGUAGAGCGCCAUGGUUUAACCUGAGUGUACUAGAGUCAGAUAGACCGAUUCACAGUAGAGCACUAUGGUUUAACCUGAGUAUACUAGAGUCAGAUAGACCGAUUCACAGUAGAGCACUAUGGUUUAACCUGAGUAUACUAGAGUCAGAUAGACCGAUUCACAGUAGAGCGCCAUGGUUUAACCUGAGUGUACUAGAGUCAGAUAGACAGAUCCCACAAGUCAGAGCCGAUUUAACUUGUGAGAUAUAAUAUUACAUAUUUAAAAUGAUGGUUUAAAGUGGUAAAACUCAGGCAGUUCGUUGACACCACUUGGUUGGUUUAAAGCAACAACAACAAAAAGGAAAAACUUGAUUUUGUGCACUUAUUUAUAUCAAUGCAUUAUUUGUUCGAGUGAAAUUAAGAGAGAUAAACAUUGAACACCUGAAAUGAGUAGUAGUCGUACAAGCAACACUCAGCAGGUUUCAAUUUAUUAACGUAAAUAAGGUGAAGACAGAAGAAUCUUUACAAUCCACUUUCAAUAUUUACACGCCUUUUGGUUUCUGGUUUGGUAUCCACACAAAUAUAUGCCUCUACUGCAUUGUGUAAACACUUGGAGUCACUCAUCGUGGUUAUGUCCUGAUCUUAAUUACUAUCUUCAAUACUACACUAAUAAACAGCUUGGUGGGUUAGCACUGUUGUUAAUAGUCAUGAUGUUUAAUGGUUGUCUUAUGAAAGAGACUGCUUUGGUAGACGAGGCUCUAUGUACAGUAUGUGUGGCACAUAUACGAUACCUUCCUAAUGAUCCCCAUCGUUUCUGGAGAAGGUACCGGAUGUAAUUAUGGUAUCAAAAUGUAUUACUACUGAGUAGAACCGCAGUGUGAACUAUACAGAGAAUCUUAGCACUGUAAUCAUCAUUUGAUUUAACAGAUCUUUGGGAGAAAAGAGAAAAAACAUAUACAUGAUAAAUAAGAAGACAGUUUUUUUCAUCUUCUGUAAAGGGAGACAGAUGACUACGGAACAGCAACCUCACUUUUAUUCAAUGUGAAGUACAAUAUGCUCCUUACAUACUCUGUAAUUACCUUUGAUUUGCCAAUUAUGUGGAGAAAAGAAACUGUAUAUAAAUGUUCUGUUUAUGUAUGUGUGAGCUUCUGGAAUUUAUUAAAGUCAUUUUGCAUUGUA